CCAUGCAUGCGCCUAUGUGUGUCUGCCUGACUUGUGCCACGAAAGGAUAUCCGCGCCACACCCCACCAGCCACUGGCCAAUCAAUCGCACAUGCAAACUGGCACGAACAGUUAGUGAGUGACGUUUUGAAUUUUAGGCUGGUCACGCGAAGCAUUUUGAAGACCUCGACACCAAGGGAAGCAAAACGGCUCAAGCUAGUGCAGGUUCACAUAGCUGCUGGCAAAUGAUCGCCUGAGACCAGCUUUACCUGCUAGACUAGAAGCGCUGGCUUUGGGAGCGAUUGUUCCUUCAAAAGCCUACCUAUUUUGAGUUCGGGCUACACUCAAACCCAAGCAUAUCUGCACUGCACUGGCCCAUAGAUACAUACUACAUACUACCUACAUCUUCCCCUCAACUCUUUAACCAAACAACGGAUGCUAGUCUGAACACAUCAGAUUAUUGAAGAUUUGCGACCCCUCAACAUCCCACCCGCACAGCCGUAUCGACCCCCGACAAUAUGGCCGACGACACAGCCCCGCUUGCCUCGCUCUCCCUCACGCAUGUCUUCUACGACCCCACCGACCCCGUCUCGUACGUCUGCGCCUGGCUAGCCCUCGCCCCCCAGGCACUAUGUGUCGUCUACGUCACGCUGAUCUGGUCCUCGCGCGAGGCCGAGGUGGCGCUCCUGUUCGCCGGCCAGCUCGCCUGCGAAGCUAUCAACUUUGCCCUCAAGCGGCUGAUCAAGGAGGAGCGCCCCCGGCGCAUCCACGGUAAAGGGUACGGCAUGCCCUCGUCGCACGCCCAGUUCCUCGCCUUUUGGGCCCUCAGCCUGGCCCUGUUCCUGCUCGUCAGACAUCGCCCCAAGGCGCACAAGAUCAAGAAGCAAGGUGCUGGCGGUGGCGGCGGCAGCGACAAGAAAGAAACAGUCAAGGCGACAGCUGCCCCGGCUUGGGAUCUUUGGCAGCUCCAGGAGCUGUACGGCGUCGAUCGGUACCCACACAGGCCGUGGUCCAUGUUCGAGCGAGCCGCGGUGUCGGCCAUGGGGUUCGCCCUCGCCGGCGUGGUGGCUUGGAGUCGAGUCUACCUGGGCUACCACACGCCGAAGCAGGUCUUUGUCGGCCUCUCUGCAGGGUGUGUCAGCGCCAUUGGUUGGUUCGUCGCGACGGAAGUCGCGAGGCAGACUGGCUUGCUGGGAUGGGUUCUCUCGCUGCCCGCCGCUCGCUGGUUCCGGCUGCGUGACCUGGUGAUUGAGGAGGACAUUUGCCAGGCCGGGUGGGAGAAGUGGGAACAGAGGAGGGUCGCCCUCGCGGUUGCUGCUGGCAAAUCAGAUACGGCUGACACGUCCGCGACGGUAAAUGACAAAAAAAAUUCCUGAUGAAAUUUCGUCGAGCAACUACGCACUGGAAUUUUCGCAUUACCGGACACAUUCUAAUCGUUUGGAAUGAGCUGUGGCUGCGAUGAGGCUGCUAAAGUACAGUCAUGCUGGGUCCUCGAAUCGAUUCACGAUGACACUUACUCGCAUAACCGAAGAACCGGGAAUCUAUCCGGAUCAUUCUUUUCCGUGCGACACGAACUGGUAGUCUUGGACUUUAAACAAUCUGGACAAGACCUUGGCCUCUGGGUCAGCCUAGUCUGGGCCAGUUUGUCAUAUGCGUCUUACUCCUUUAUGCCAAGAUCAACUCAUGGCGCACGAGUUAUAUGUGCGAUUGUGAUUUUGGCAAGUAACCAAGGUACUUGGGGUGAAGAAAGAAGACUUUCGGAACCUGUCAAAAGCCAAUGGUGUAGCUGGCUCCCUUUGAGUCUAAAUAGCUUCGUGGUGGAGAGUUAUUGUGACCCUGCAGGACGUGAUUGUGGAUCUGUCUAUCAUUAUGGGUGGCCAUUAUUUAGAAGUAUUUUCCCAACGGAAACCAUGAAUGUUAUUUCACCCAUUGGGACUGUCAUACUAGUUUCGUCUCUCUCGGCGUUAUCAAAUAGACCGUUUUGAGCUCUUACUGUAAGAUCAUUUGGCUGGUUAAAAUUAAGGGUUAGGGCUUGAGUUACUCUGCUUGCCAGCAAGCGC